AUAAACGAUUCACAGCUUUGCUGCUUCAUAUUGGUUUCACGAGGUGAGGAGCGAUUUUCGAACAUUGUUAUUACAACACCAUGGAGACAGAAAGCUUCACACCCACUGGAAUGAGCUAUUCAGAAACCGACGAGUCCUGUUCUGUCAACGCAUAUCCUCCCGAAACCCCAGCCGCCGGUGGAAUGCCAUCGAUUCUUGGCUACUUCGACGCCAUCGACACCACCGGAAACCCCGUGGACCUCCCCUCCGAUCCCUUCACCCAAGCGAAAGAAUUCCGCCGCCUCUACAACAACGUCGCCGCCCAGCGCCGAAAGAAAGCCCUCCGUCAAGACCGCCUUAUGUACGAAUUCGAAUGUCUACGCCACCACCUCGACUUCGUAGCCGAGUCCCACGCCGAACUCGACUCGCACCUCCAGAAUUUCAGCGAAGACGAAGCGUCAGCCUUCUCCAGCAUCAUGACCAUCCGUGACGUUCACGACCAAUUAAAAAUGGACCACCAACGAUCACAAGAGCAAGCGGAGAAAAUCAUGGCGCUGGAGAGGAAAAUGCAUGUAGCGGAGGAGAAGCUCGAAAGAGAGGAAGAUCGGUUGGCGGACUUUACGGAGGUGUGGAUGCGGCAGACCGAUAGAGCUGACUCAUGGGCUGGCUCUGAUGGAGCGCAGUCGAGUCCGGAGGUUGCGCUGUCGCCGUCUGUGGGCUGCUCCUCGCCCGCUACGAUUGUGGGUUCUCCUGUUAUAUCGCCUGCGGAUGCGACGGAUUUGCUUGAGGAGGACUUUGACGGCGAUGCGGUGUGCUGUUCUUAUGCCGAAGACGGGUGCGAGGCUUCUCCAUCGGAAAGUUUCGGCUUCGCGCAGUUUGAACCGCCGUCGCCUCUGGAUCUUGGAUCUCCGAAGAUUGCGCCGCCGCAGUGUCCGCUGUACGCUAGCAGUCCGAGAGUUUCGGUUCGCUAG